ACAGUAGUGAAGCUGAGCUUAGAGCGGGAGCAGGAAGCUGAAAUCUGUAGUUUAUGUUCCGAAGUGAGCCGGAAACAGCGAGCCUCCAGCCUUGGCUUCCUCCGAGCAUCAGCGGACACAGCAGCAGCUUCUGCCCGGCCGGAGCGCGUCCCCGCAGGGCUCAGCAGCGGACACGGACCCCAGCCCCACAGCUGACUCCCGUUCCUCCUCCAGAGAGAUGGCAGCAACCAAAGCAGAGCUGCUGCUGUCCGCCAUGCAGAUCUCAGAGCCGAUUUUCGGACACCCGGCGCCGCUGUCGCCGCUAGACGGAUACCCGAAGCUGGAGGAGCUGCAGCUGCUCCUGCAGAACGCCGCGUCUGCUGCCGAGGCGGCGGGGCUGCUGGGCGGGGAGCCCGGGGAGUUCACAGAUUCUCUGUCGGAGUUCCCGGACUUUCAGAACCUCCCCCCUCUCACCCCUCGUCUCACCCCUCUGGCCUACAGCGGGCGCUUCACCUUCGAGCCGUCGGCCUCCUGCGGCGGUGGCAGCAGUCAGUGGGCGGAGCCUCUCCUAAGCUUGUUGACGGGGUUGGUGAGCAUGGCGGCGCCCCCUGCGUCCUGUAACCUUAACCCCUCCUCGUCAGCCCCCACGCCAUCCGUGACAUCAUCAACUCCCUCCAAAUGCAGCACCAGCUGCGGGUCUGCGGACAUCACCUCCAUCUUCACUGCGACGCCGACCUACACGUCUUCCGCAGGUUCAGACCACCUCCUUCCUCCUGGUGAUGCUCAGCAUGCUCCCCAGGCCUUCCAGGCUCAGGCUCCGCCCCCUGCUUACAUCCAGUCGCCCUCCAUGGCGGUCCCCAUGCUGCCGGACUACCUCCUGCCGCAGCAGGAGCCUGAAGGCGACGUUGGACUCAUUCAGGAUCAGAAACCAGUGCUGCCGCCACUCACGCCCCUCCCCACCAUCAAAGCCUUCUCCUCCCAGCUGCAGCCUCAGGCGACCGCCUGCAGGACCAGGAAGCCCCCAGCAGGGCGGCAGUGCAAGACCCCACCCCACGAGCGGCCAUACGCCUGCCCCGCCGACGGCUGCGACCGCCGCUUCUCCCGCUCGGAUGAACUGACGCGCCACGUGCGCGUGCACACAGGCCAGAAACCGUUCCAGUGUCGCAUCUGCAUGCGCAACUUCAGCCGCAGCGACCACCUGACCACGCACAUCCGCACGCACACCGGCGAGAAGCCGUUCGCCUGCGCAGAGUGCGGCCGCAAGUUUGCCCGCAGCGAUGAACGCAAGAGACACACCAAGAUCCACCAGAGGCAGCGAGAACGCCGGGCGGCCGCCUCUCCGUCCUCCGCAACAACGCCCACCGUGUCAUCAUCAAACCCCGCCCCCUGCCUCUCCUCCUCAUCUCCCCUCGCCAUCCAGACGUCCACCCCUUGCUACACCUCCUCAUCCCCUGUCUUCACCUCUUCCUCCCCCCUCACCAUGCAGGCCUCCUCCCCCUGCUUCACCUCCUCCUCCUCCCCCCUGUUACAUGCCUACACCUCCUCUCCGUCUCCCCACCUCUACCCCUCAUCCUGCUCCUCCCCAAUGGGGAGUCCUCCAUCAGAGAUGUCCUCUCCUCACAGCACCAACAUCUGCUGACGGACCGGAGUCCCCCUCCAACCCACCACCCCAUGACCUUUGACCUUAGACUUUUGUUUUGGUGGGUCAGAGUCCUGGGCCUGAACUCUGUACAUAUAUGUGGAUACUGAACAUUUGUGAGCGUGCGCUGUGGUGCAUGUGGGGUUUUACCUACCGAGUAGGUUUUGGGAUGUUUGUGUUUACAGCAGGUCAGUGUUGAAUUUUCUACUAAACACGAGCUGCAAAAAUAAAAACUGUUUCCUUCUG